GAGGAAUUUUGUUGUCAGAGACUAACAGGAGGUUGUCCAUAAUUGACUUUAAGCAGCAAACAGUAAAACCCUGAGCUCUUCAGCUCCGCCUUUCUUGCUCUGAGAAGUGGAAAACCAAGAAGGUUUGAUGUUUUGUGUGGCGCCUCCUGAAUUAGAAACCAAGAUGAACAUAACCAAAGGAGGUCUGGUAUUGUUUUCAGCAAAUUCCAAUUCGUCGUGUAUGGAGCUUUCAAAGAAAAUUGCUGAGCGGCUGGGGGUGGAGAUGGGCAAAGUGCAGGUUUACCAGGAACCUAACAGAGAAACAAGAGUCCAAAUUCAAGAGUCUGUGAGAGGAAAAGAUGUAUUUAUCAUCCAGACCAUCUCAAAGGAUGUGAACACCACCAUCAUGGAGCUCCUGAUCAUGGUGUAUGCAUGUAAGACCUCAUGUGCCAAGAGCAUCAUCGGAGUGAUCCCCUACUUUCCUUAUAGCAAGCAGUGCAAGAUGAGAAAAAGGGGCUCCAUUGUCUCUAAAUUGCUGGCUUCCAUGAUGUGCAAAGCUGGUCUAACUCAUCUCAUCACUAUGGAUUUACACCAGAAAGAAAUCCAGGGCUUCUUUAAUAUUCCAGUGGAUAAUUUAAGAGCCUCCCCCUUCCUGUUACAGUAUAUUCAAGAAGAGAUCCCGGAUUAUAGGAACGCAGUCAUCGUGGCCAAGUCUCCAGCCUCAGCCAAGAGCUGCCAUCCAUCCCAGCCUGGAGAUCCCAAUGCUGAUUCCUAAAGAAAAGCCCCCAAUCACGGUUGUUGGUGAUGUCGGAGGAAGGAUCGCCAUCAUUGUGGAUGACAUCAUUGAUGAUGUGGACAGCUUUCUUGCUGCAGCAGAGACCCUGAAGGAAAGAGGCGCAUAUAAGAUCUUUGUGAUGGCAACUCAUGGCUUGUUAUCCUCUGAUGCUCCCCGGCUGAUUGAAGAGUCUGCCAUUGACGAGGUGGUGGUCACUAACACCAUCCCACAUGAAAUCCAGAAGCUCCAGUGCCCCAAGAUCAAAACCGUGGACAUCAGCAUGAUCCUCUCAGAAGCCAUCCGCCGCAUUCACAAUGGAGAGUCCAUGUCCUACCUUUUCAGAAACAUAGGCUUAGAUGACUGAAUUGUUCUCCUGUGGCAGAACUCCCACAGGUCUAGUGGGAAGCCCAGCAUGCAUGCUGGGAGGGUCCAUGCCUGGCAGGCACUCCUUCCCUCUCCACACCUUCCUGAGUGAUUCCUGUGAAGGUACAAGGACCAACUUUUUAAUGUCGGUUUAGGUUUUUGUGAGUUUGGGGGGUAAUUUUUAUAACAGAAAGACCUCUUAAAUAAAGUAAGUUAAAACCUGAUCAUUUUUAGUAUAACCAUUUUAAGGAAUACACUUGAAUGAGGUUUUUAAGCUCAUCCUUUUUUUAAAGUUGCUUGAUCCCAGUGUUCAAAAAAGUUAAAUAAAAUGACCUGCUGUCUGCUGUCUACAGUCAAAAGCUGCUGUUGGUUCCAAUACGUGACAUUUUUAGAAAUGGUUUUAUAAAUGGGCAUAUAGAGUAUGUGGCUAUUUAUUCUCUGCAACAAAGAAAAAUAAAACCUCAUGUUUGUUUUUUAA